UGCCUUCUGGCAGGGAGUGGAGUGGCAUGGAGAGAAAAGAAAUCCCUGGGACUGGAAAAGAAAAUAGUGUAUCAGAAACCAACACAGCUAAACUAAGGAACAGAGUUAGAACUCUUACCAAGCUCUCAUCGAAGCAUCUUCCUUACCAGCUCUAAAAGAUUCCUGCUCCUGAUUUUAUAGUUAAGAUCAGGUGACACCCGGACAUGGCCCCAGUGAUCCACAUGCCAGAACCCUUGUGCCUCGUUAAGAACACUAAUGGGCGGCUGGUGGCUAAUCCGAAAGCUCUGACCAUCCUGUCUGCCAUCACGCAGCCUGUGGUGGUGGUGGCCAUCGUGGGCCUCUGCCGCACAGGCAAAUCCUACCUGAUGAACAGGCUGGCUGGGAAGAGCAAGGGCUUCUCUAUCGGAUCCACAGUGCAGCCUCACACCAAGGGCAUCUGGAUGUGGUGUGUGCCUCACCCCAAGAAGCCAGACCACACCCUGGUUCUUCUUGACACCGAGGGACUUGGUGACGUAGAGAAGGGUGACAAGAAGAAUGACACCCAGAUAUUUGUACUGGCACUGCUACUAAGUAGCACCUUUGUAUACAAUACCAUGAACAAAAUUGACCAGAGGGAUAUCGACCUCUUGCACUAUGUGACGGAGCUGUCAGGUCUGCUCAGAACAGUAUCCUCACCUGAUCUUGAUGGGAUAGAAGAUGCAGCUGACUUUGUGAGCAUCUGUCCAGACUUAGUGUGGACUCUGAGAGAUUUCUACCUUGACCUGGAAGCACAUGGGCAACUUAUCACAGCAGACGAGUACCUGGAAAAUUCACUGAGGCCAAAGCAAGGCACGGAUCAAGGUCUUCAAAAUUUUAAUUUGCCCCGUCUGUGUAUACAGAAAUUCUUUACAGUGAAGAAAUGCUUUAUUUUUUAUUUACCCACUCUUCGAAAGAAGCUUGCCCAGCUUGAGACACUGCGUGAUGACGACCUGGAUCCUGAAUUUGUACAACAAGUGGCAGAUUUCUGUUCCUACAUCUUCAGCCAUUCUAAUGCUAAAACUCUUUUGGGAGGCAUUAAGGUUAAUGGAUCUCAACUCUAUAAAUUAUUGCUGCGCUCUAGAGGGAACGAAAGUGUACAAAGGACAAUGAAGACAAACAGGAACGUUGCAACAAAGAGUCUAGAGAGCCUGGUGUUGACCUACGUCAAUGCCAUCAGCAGUGGUGAUCUGCCCUGCAUGGAGGAUGCAGUCCUGGCCUUAGCAGAGAUUAAGAACUUAGCUGCAGUGCAAAAGGCCAUUGCCCACUAUGACCAGCAGAUGUUCCAGAAGGUGCAGCUUCCCACAGAAACCCUCCAGGAGCUGCAGGACCUGCACAGGGCCAGUGAGAGAGAGGCCAUUGAAGUCUUCAUGAAGAACUCUUUCAAGGAUGUGGACCAAGGUUUCCAGAAAAAACUGGAAACCCUGCUAGAAGCCAGACAGGAUGACUUCCAUAAACGGAACUCAGAGGCAUCCCUGGACCGUUGCUCAGCUUUACUUCAGGAUAUUUUUCAUCCUCUGGAAGGAGAUGUGAAGCGGGGGAUUUAUUUAACAGCAGGGGGGCAUCGUCUCUACGUUCAGAAGACAGAAGAGCUGAAGGCAAAGUACUAUCAGGAGCCCAGGAAAGGAAUACAGGCUGAGGAAGCUCUGCAGAAAUAUCUACAGUCCAAGGAGUCUGUGAGGGAUCGCAUUUUGCAGACAGACCUGGCUCUUAUAGAAAGAGAAAAGGAGAUGGAAGAGGCACAUGUAAAAGCAGAGGUUCUGAAGGCUGAAGAACAAAGAAUGUGGGUGGCAGUUCUAAGGCAGUACCAGCAAAUGAUGGAGCAGAGGCAGAGAAUCCUUCAGGAACAAGUCAGACAAAUGGAGAGAAACAGGAUAUUCCAGCAUCCAUUGCAACAGAGGGCCCUGGACCUGAGGCAUCAUUGCCAGAUCUUAUGGAAGAUAACAGAGGAACUAGAAAUCUGCAUGAAGAUAAAUGAGUUCCUUCGUGUUGCAGAAAAGACCUUAGCAGAAGAGAAAGCCAAAAGAGAGUCAUCUGAAAAGGAAAAGAAACUUCAUGAGCAAAAGGUUAAAAAGCUGCUGAAAAAAUGUGAGAACCUAACGAGAGCUUUCAUGGAAUUUAAAGCCAAAAUGACAGAGGAGAUAAGAGUGAGAGAGAGCCUUUUGAAGGAGAUGAAUGAGAGGAUUAAGAUGCUCAAGUCUGAUUGCAGGCGUUUGGCGGUGCCACUGCGUAGACCGGACUCAGCUCGCUCGCUCCUUGCUCCGCUUCCUCUGCCACCAUGUCUGACAAACCCGAUAUGGCUGAGAUUGAGAAAGUUGAUAAGUUGAAAUUGAAGAAGACAGAAAUGCAAGAGAAAAAUCCACUGCCUUCCAAAGAGACGAUUGAACAGGAGAAGCAAGCAAGCGAGUCGUGAUGAGACGUGCACCGCCAGUGUACACUGUACAUUCCACAAGCAUUGCCUUCUUAUUUUACUUCUUUUAGCUGUUCAACUUUGUAAAAUGCAAAGAGGUUGGAUCAAGUUGAAAUGACUGUGCUGCCCCUUUUCUCAUCAAAAAUGGUGAACUACUGACAACGAAGGCCGCGCCUGCCUCUCCCAUCUGCCUGUCUGGCAGGCAGGGAAGGAAAAGAACUUGCACGUUGGUGAAGGAGGAAGCUGGGUGGGUCAACAGUGAAAUCUAGAGUGAAAUGUAAGGUGAUCCAAGAGGCCCUGCAGGCUGUAAAACGCAGUUUAAUCAGACUGCCAUUUUUUUGUUGUUCAAAUGAUUUUAAUUAUUGGAAUACACAAUUUUUAAUAUGCAAGUACAAAGUUUUAAAACCUGGAAAAAAAAAAGGCUGAUAGCAAAUUUGAAGUGGAGCUAAUCAAAAAAAAUUAAAGAGCCAAGACAAUCUGAAGAGGUGCAAUGAAAUUUAUAGAACUACAGCAAUUAGGACGUGUCACUGAGGCAGAAACAUAAAAACAUAGCAAAAGAAAAUGCUACAUAGUCUAAAAAUAGAACCAACAACAUACCUGAUUAAGUCUAUAUGAAAAGUAUUAUUUACAAUCAGUGAGAAAAUAUAAACAGUACAGUAAGUGUUGUCAGCCAGCUGGAGAGUCAUAGAAUAAAGGGUGACUAGAUCUCUGAUAAACCUUGCACAAAUAAAUUCCACUUUGACUUUAGAUCUAACAUUAAAAAAAAUGCCAUAAAAACAAUAAAAGUAAGAUAGUUAUUAUGUUAACUUGGAACAUUGAAUUUAUUUUUAAGUGACAUACAACUCAAAGGCAUAAAAAUACUGACAAAACUACAUAAAAAUAAAUGUAAAUUUGUUGCGGUAUCAGAGCAUAAAGAAACUCAGGAAACAAAAAGAUAACCUCAAUUUAUAUCACAGAAGAGAGCUAAUUUAUACCAGUUAUGUAUCAUAAAGAAACGCCUUCUUAGUGCAGUGGGCAGCGCGUCAGUCUCAUCAUCGUAUGUAUCAUAAAGAGCCUCAAGUCAAUAGAAAUGGGUUGAGUAGACAGCUUAUAGAAAACUGAAAUACCCAAGUCACUCAAAGUAAGAGGAAUGAAACUAAAACUAUGAGAUACAGUGUUUCCCUUCACAAGCCAUCAAACUGUGUUCUCAGUGUUUUUGAAAACAUGUACUUUUAUGGGAGUACAAAUGGUACAAUAUCUACUGAAAAUCAUGUCUAAUACUUACUAAAUGCCUAUGUUAACUUUGGCCCAACAGGUUCUAUUUUAGGACACACACACACUCACAGAAAUGAUGUCCACUGCAGCACUGGUUAUAAUGUUAACGAUUGAAAACUACUUACAUGGCCAUCUGUAUGGGAUUGCCAACAUGACUUUUAGCAUACUCAUACAAUGGAAUGUUAUGUAUCCAGCAGAUUGGGAGACAGCGUUUCAUUUGUAACGAUGCAGAACAAUUUACUAGAGCUUCUCGGCCUUUUGGCUAAGAUCAAGUGUAGAACAAUUUACUAGAUACGUUGUGAUGUGUGAAAAGUAGGAUGUUGACCAAUAGGAAUAGUGCGCUAUUUCUGCAAAAAGAGAUGCAAUUCGUAUAUACAUAUAUGUAUACACUUAGACAAUCUCUGGAGUGAUGCAUGGGCAACUAGAAAAUUGGUUGCUUCUAGAGGAAGCUAGGUUUCUGAGAUCAGGAAUGAGAGGAAUACUACUUUAUUUUGUAUAAACCUUUGUAUCUUUUGAAAUUUUUAGGAACUAUGUCAUACUUGUUCAGCAGUGUAAGAGAAGCAACAAGGAUGAUGAUAACUGUGAUGGUGAUGAUGGUGAUGGUGAUGGUAGGGAACUUUGUAUUCCCAGAAAAUCAGCCAGCUCAAAGAGGAGGUUGUUGGAGUGGUCCAGAUACCUGAAAAAAAGAAUUUAUAUCCUAAUCUUAUUUGUAUUAUGGAGCUCAUUUCUACCGCCUUACAGUCACUAACAAAGUAUAAAGUAUCAUACUUUAUGAUACUGAAAUCAUAUAAAAAUCAUACUUUAUGACUGAAAUGCCUGCUUGUGUGUCUUCUGCUUUCCAACCACAAAUUAGAGUUUUAAGGAGUUAUAUGUGCCAUCUGUCUGCAGUGCUUCUCAGUGUUUUUGGAAUUCCCUGUCACUUGACUAAUGUUUGCAUUGUACGUUAUUUAUCUAAGGAACUAUUUCCUAUUGCAAAAUCUUGAUAUGUUAUCUCUUUAUUCUAGGUAUGUGUACACAAUAUUCAGCCUUCACUUCAUCAAACAUCCUGUGUUAUAGAUCCUUACCUUUAUUUUACCUAACUAGUUUCUCCUUGAAAUCUUGGAUUUCCUGACUCCCCUAAACUGGGUGGGGUGGUCCUCUUUUGUGCUCCCAUUGAACCUACCAUGUGAUUCUGAAAAUUAAAAUGGUCAAUGUACUCCUGUCUCCCUGAUGACACCUUCUACCAGGGACUGGUUUAUCUCUAUCAUUGUAACCUCAGCUCUAAUUUUCCCAUCCAGCUCUUAAUGUGUAACAGAGGAAUAUUCCUUGAAAGAAUAAAUAAUCUUUGACCCUAAA